AUGAUUGAAAAGCAAAAAAUUGCUGGACAUACAAUAAAAAUAGCUUUAGUUUUUUUUUUUUCUGCAUUUUUCAGUGAUGCUCUUCGUAACGGUAUUCGAUUAAGUCUAUUUGCAUUACCAAAUUUUGCAAAAAAAUUAGCUUCUGAAUUGAAUGAUCAUCAACGACGAACACUGAUUGAUAUCGGCUCUGGGCCAACAAUCUAUUCGGCAAUCUGUUUCCGUAAUGUUGUUCAACGAGUCUUCCUGACAGAUUAUUUAAAAAAAAAUUUGGACAUCGUUCAGGAUUGGUUGGAUAACAGAAGCAGUUUUCAAUGGAACAGUGUUGUUGAUGUUGUCGAAAGGAUAGAAGGUAACAGCAGUUUUCAUGAUCCAGAUACAAUUGAAACCAAAACUAGAGAAGUUUUAUUAGCUGGUGGGCUGGCACAUGUGGAUGUACAUCGACCAGCAUGCAGUUUAGAUUCGUCGUUAGAUGUUCAACAAUUUGAUGUUUUAGUAUCGGUAUUCUGCUUAGAAUCAGCAUGUUCAUCUCAUGAACAAUACCGUAAUGCAAUGGCCAAUAUGUUACAAUUGCUAAGACCUGGCGGAAAGGUUAUCCUUGGUUCAGUGCUUGAAGAUAACGCUUAUAACUCAGGAAAAUCGAGGCUAUUUUCGCUGUUGGAUGUAACAGAAGAUCAAAUUGUUUGUGAACUAGAAAAAAAUUCAAUUGAUCCAAAUAGUUUGUAUAAAAUUUCUUUAGACGAACAGGGUGUAAUGUUUCUGAUGGGUACCAAAAGUUGUUUGUCUGAAGAACGGCAAUUAAGUGCUGCAAAAGAAAUUUGUCGUUGA